AUGAAGAAGAACUUUUCCCAAAUAAACCUUCAAGUAACAGAGUAUAAGAAGAAUUUGGGCCAAAUCCAGGUGGAAAAUCAAUGUGACAAGAAUCUAGUUUCUGGCCUUUACAACUUAUCUGAAAAUUUUGGCAAUGAUUCAGAGGACAAAACCAUUUUUAAACUCUCUACACCAAUAAAAAUUCCUGUACAGAGCUUCAUGAUGAGAGAAGACUCAAAACCGGUGAGACUAGGCCAAUCCUAUCUAAAGGAGAGCAUUAAAUCAAGAAGGAUGAGUGCAGAUACUGUAAAAGCCAUUCCAAGUACCCAGAAUCCAUACUGCCUUUCCAAGCACUUACAAGACUGGAAAAAGGAGCACUCUAAAGAAAUGGUUGACCAAAAAUAAGAAAAGGAUGUCUAUGGAAAGCUUUAAGCUACUCUCUCAGAAAAUAAAAUCCAGCCAAACAACAAAGAAUGCAAUUAACAAAGUCAAGCAAGAACUGUCUAAAUUCCAAAGACUGAGGAACCGAGAAAUAAUUUAUUCAAAGAACAAUAGUGCAAAGUUUACUAGUUCCAAGAGAUUGAAUUCAUCGAUAUAGCACCAUACCAAGAAAGGCCGGGGAAGAAUAGCUUGUCAAAAUCAGGAUCAAAGGAAGAGAACAAGUUUCUUAUCAACUGAAAUGUGACAAAGCUAUCCAACAUGAUUACUCAGUCUUCUAAGCUGGUUAAUAAAUAAGAACAAGGCAGUGUUUAUACCAAAGCAUUCUCUCAAUUCACAGUCGAAGGAUAACAAACCAGAAAUCUCCAAGCAAGGAGUUGCUUCUAUGAAGAAACUCCAGAAGGAAUUAUCAGCAAAUCACCAUGGCAGAGAUAUUAGCUGAAUUUAUAGGAGGCUAAAAAAGAACAAGUACAAGAGAACUUCUAUCCUUAACCUUGAUACAAGCAGUCAACCUAAUAUAUUCCAUACUAACAAGCAUCAGAACUUCUUUAAUGUUAAUACUGAGACACAGCAAUCUCUGAUAGAAAAGUCGUCGGGUUCGAUAUCAAAUUAUUCCAGGGAUAAAUUCGACCCUAUCACUAGAAUGAGAGAGAAUAAGUAUCAGUCCUGAAUCUCUCCGAAUGCAAAAUUGACAAAAUCCCAGGUUAUGGGAAAGCUGAUGAAUGAAACACAACCUUUACGGUCUCGAUCGAUAAAUAAAUACCAGAAAUUUUAUCAAAGGAAUAGUAGAUGCUUUAGAUUGACCAAUGGGUUCUGAACGCAACAAGCUGAUUCCUCGAACAAGUACAAUUUUUUGACUCCGCUAUAGUUUCAACCAGA